UAGGCAAGUAAGCACGACGAGCUGCCUGCCAGUCAUACUGAGGAGCUAUAAUUCUUCCAAUAAUCAGCGAUGUAGAUAAAAAGCUGGACUGACACUAAAGAUAUAUCGAUAUCUUUGGUCGAAUUUAACUUGCUCUGUUAGCUCCGCCCGUCCUUGCUAACUUGACAAGCGUGUGCAAGAAACCACCGCGAGAAGGACAUCUGAGGAGAGGAACCAGUUUGCUGUCCACUGCAGGUGCAUGACAAUGGAGAUGAAAGAAGAAUCACAGGACGAAGACAUUACAUUCAGCAAUACUGACACAAAUGGUAAGCGCCCUGCUGAGGACAUGGAUGAAGAACACGCAUUCAAACGUUCACGAAACACAGAUGAGAUGGUGGAGCUGCGUGUACUUCUUCAGAGCAAAAAUGCCGGCGCAGUAAUUGGAAAAGGUGGAAAGAACAUAAAAGCCCUGCGGACAGAUUACAAUGCCAGUGUAUCAGUCCCAGACAGCAGUGGCCCCGAGCGAAUCCUCAGUGUGAACGCCGGCAUCGACACUAUUGGAGAGAUUCUGCUGAAAAUCAUCCCAACUCUAGAGGAGUACCAACAUUACAGCGGGAUGGAUUUUGACUGUGAGCUUCGCCUGCUGAUCCAUCAGAGCUUGGCUGGUGGCAUCAUUGGCGUGAAAGGGGCCAAGAUAAAGGAGCUGAGAGAGAACACCCAGACCACUAUCAAGUUGUUUCAGGAGUGCUGUCCACACUCCACUGACAGAGUUGUCUUAGUGGGAGGAAAGCCAGAACGUGUCAUUGAAUGUAUAAAAGUCAUUCUGGAGCUGGUUUCAGAGGCUCCAAUCAAAGGUCGUGCCCAGCCUUAUGACCCUAACUUCUAUGAUGAGACAUACGACUAUGGCGGCUUCACCAUGUUAUUUGAGGACAGGGGCAGACGGCCUAUGGGUGGGUUCCCCAUUCGUGUACGUGGUAAUUUUGAGCGCAUGCCACCUGUGCGUGGCAGCAGACCACUGCCUCCCUCCAGAAGGGAUUAUGAUGACAUGAGCCCCCGCCGAGGUCCUCCACCACCACUCAGCAGGGGGGGGCGAGGAGGGAGUCGAGCACGUAACCUGCCUCUUCCCCCACCACCACCACCAAGAGGAGGAGGUGACAGGUAUUCACACGGCAGCUAUCAUAGUAGCAUGGACGACAGACCAAGUGACAGAAGAAGCAGAGGAGACCGUUACGACAGCAUGAGUGGAGGUGGAUAUGACAACAAUUCUUCCUGGGAUCUCUUUCAGUAUGGUGGUAGAGGGUCAUACAGCGAUAUCGGAGGCCCGGUCAUUACAACACAAGUCACCAUCCCAAAAGAUUUGGCGGGUUCAAUCAUCGGUAAGGGCGGCCAGAGGAUCAAGCAGAUCCGCCAUGAGUCUGGGGCAUCCAUCAAAAUCGAUGAACCACUAGAGGGCUCUGAGGACCGCAUCAUCACCAUCACAGGGACGCAAGACCAGAUCCAGAACGCCCAGUACCUACUGCAAAACAGUGUGAGGCAGUACUCUGGUCGGUUCUUCUAAGGAAGGAGGAAGUGAAGGAGAAAAAUGAAGCCAUGCUGCCAUACUGUUACCCCCCCCCCCUCUCUAUUCAGAGCAAACAUUCCGCUGCUUUGGGUAGAUUUGCCCCCUCCCCUCACUGUCUCACACCACACCUAUGUAUGAAUCGAAACUUCUUUUCUUUUACAAGUCAGCAUUUCUGUGCAGGUGAUUAUAUUCAAAUAUUUUUGGGAGAAGAUUUUUGUGCUAUCACUGGAGUGAACCCAUCUGUGUGAGAACUUUGUGUUGUGAGCCGGCCCUGGGCCUUUUGUCUCAUUUCAGUACAGCAUGCAGAAUGUAAUAGUUUGUUCAGACGUUUUGUUCAGUUUUAUUUUAUUUAAUUUUUUUUUGGUCCCUCAAAAUUUUAAGCACACUGUCCUAAUGAAGAUGUGCAUUUUAAAGAAGAUAGAUGGGUCCAAGAAUGUUUUUUUUUUUUUUUUUUUUUUUUGGGGGGGGGGGGGGGUUAAAUGUAAAAUGGGCUUAAAUUCAGUCGUCUUGAGUCAUAUUAGUAAAUAAGUUAAUUUAACAUGAUAUAAUUUAGGAGCUGAGAUAAUCAAAGGGUAAUCUCAUUGGCCAGUUUUAUGAGGAAUAAAACUAAUGUUCACGUUUUCUAGUUUAUUAUGAAGAAAGAACACAUGAGCAUUGACUGUUAAUUUAGAAACAGUCUUUUUUUCAGAGAUGGACAGGAUGUACGUUUGCUAACUCUAAAAUUAAAUUUGUAUUUAUCACUGUGAUUCACAUUAGACUAAUUGUAAAAUUAAAACCAUUCUGAAAUGUUUUUGUGAGACUGGCCUCAUCAUUGGAGGUAAAAUAUGAAGGUUCAUCAAAGGAACUUAGUUUAGCAUAAAGUUUGGAAACUAGCAAAGAACCAGACUGGCUUUGUCUGGUUGUAAUGGUGCCUUUAAGGCUCACAUGUAAAUGCCUCUUUUUAGUAAUUUGUUCAAUUGGGAGGAGGGGCUUUGAAACUCUUGGGCGCUUGGACUUUUAUAUCCUACCUUCCAAAUCAAAAUUGCAUAAAACAAGAAAUGCUGGAUAACGGGAAUAUUGCUGAGGUCCUGGUGCAGUUGGUGCUCUUUGUUGUUAUUCAGCAGAACCAAGCUGGUUCCAGACUUUGAGGCAGUUCCAGCUAGAGGGCAAAUAAACAUGUUUUCCCCCGAAUGUUUGAUUUGCUUUAAGUUGUCAUUAAAGUGCCAGAUUGUUUGUGCAAAAAAAAAAAUGGAACGUUUUGUUUUUCAUAGAAAGACAAAGAUGUAUAAAGUGUGUAUUUAUUUGCAUAAAUAGUUGUUUCAUGAGAGGUUGGAUUGUUUCAGCCUUUGCUUCUCUUUUAUACGGUGGCUCAGAGGUGCCAAAAGAUUAUAAAACGCAAUGGCAAGAUGUGCAGCAUUUUACAAAAUAUAUUAAAAAGGAAACCUUUGCCAGAAAGCAGAACAGUAAACCUUUCAGAAACUUUUUUUUUAAUCUUGAAAUUUGUAGGAUUUUUUUUAAAGUAGUUUUCCAAAGUUUGUUUUAUAGCAUGCAGAUUUAAUUAUGUCAUUUUGUGUGACAUGUUUUUGGUUGUGUGAUGCUGCAUCUCAGGGCCAUCAGGAUUUUUUUUUUUUAAUCAUUUGAUUUCUUUUCCACCACUCAGAGGGAUGGACUUGCUGUAUUCCAGUCUCAGUAUCUCAUAAGUUGCAUGCAUUUAUCCUUGCUUUUAAUUUUAACCAUUUUAAAAAAAUAAUACGUUUUUGAAGUUUUUCAAAUGACCUCUAAAGAAGCAGUUUGAUAUGAGUGUGCAGCUUGGGGUGUAUUCUGUGUGAUAUCUGUAGUAGCUGCAGGUGUUUAUUAAAUAAAGUCUGUCAGCUCA